AUGUUCCUGCUUCUCUUUCUAUGGAUCACGUUCCUCGACUGGGCCAGCACACCCCGCAUUGCAAAUGAAGACAAUAAAGAGCAAGAAACGACGACGCCGCCACAACCGUGUAUAGAUGCCAACUGGUCUGCUGGAAGUGCGUUUUUCACACUUACGGCUCUGAUAUUUGGAUACAUAGCUCAUCCGCGCGGGUGUCUUUUCUGGAAUCGCUCUGGCCGCAUGUGGCGGCUGACCCCGGUUUUUGCCUUCCUGGAACUUUGUAUCGUAUGGAAGAGGAUCGCCUUGAGUCUAUGGAAGAAGGUGCCUUUUCGAGUCAUUUGUUAUACUCUGAUGGCAGUACGGGUAGGCAACUCGUGGCAUCCCUCUGAGAUCAAAGAGUUUUUGCACAAGACAAGAGAGGAUGAGGACGAGGAGGCUCAACUCAUUCCUCCGGCCGAUACAUCUGCUCUUGACGGAAAUACAAAUCUAGAUCAGACUCGGCAGUCUGAUCGACGUCAGAAUGAAGAUGUUUAUCCAGAACAUAGCGUAGCUACUACGACCGCCUCCAGUCCAUAUCGACCGCGAGCCUUUGCACCGCGAGACGAACUACGAUACCAUGAGACAUGCGACAGGAUAUUCCAAGAACAUCUCAAUAUCGUCAGCGAUUUCGAGAGAGGACCCUCUUUCCGUAUCUUCAUAUGGAUUCCAAUGGUCCUACAGGCGACCAAGCUGGUUAUUGUUGGAGGACCUGGAGCAAUACUCACUCAAGUUGCCGGCUGGGUCUAUUUUAUUGCAUGGCUAAGCAUCGAGAUUCUUAUGAUAACCAUUGCUGAGCGGCCACUGACUGAACUGGAACGCACGCGCGCGACCACCCUCAGCAGGCAGUGGAGAAAGCAUUUUGAAACUCCCGAUGUCAUGUCUGACGAAUUUUCGAAAACGUCUCUGGAAAUUAUUCCUCCGGCUACAUUCAAAACGGCUAUUACUUUCGGCCUCAUAAUCGGCGGGUGCGACUUCUUUUGGACAGUUUUCUUAUGUUCACUCAGCCCAGGAAGCAAGGCGGGAAAUGCCUCGACAACACAUCUCAAUUUUGUUGAGACUGCGGUGUCCAAUCUAGAAUCCAUAUCGCUAUGGGUUGCUGCAGCAGUUUUCUGCUUUUUAGUCAUGUAUCCUGGUCCCGCGCUAUUUGCUCAGCGGCUUCUGCACUUGAUGUGGAGGCCUUUGACCUCUUAUUUGUGGUUUGAUCCUGGGCCAUUAUGGUUUGAGGACAGUCUAGGUGAUCUCGAGCCGCUGUGGCCUGGGUAUCUUGCGUCGUAUAAUUAUUUUGUCAUCUUUCUUUUCCACACGGGCAUUUGGUGGGUGAAGCCUUUUGAGUGCUGGGAAACGAGGAAGCCGGCUUACUAUGAUUGGCUUGGUUGA